GGAGAGUGAACUCCUAUUGCCAUCUCCGCUUCUGUUCCCAUAUCUCUUGUCGCUCGCUCGAAGCCUCUCGAUUCUUUUCCUCUUCUCUCCGCCUCUUUCUUUCUCUAUCCGGAGCUGAUCUCGAUCGCUAAUGGCGGCCGUCGCUGCCGACGAGAAGGUCUCGAAGCUGCGCUCUGCGGUCGAUGGUCUCGAUCAGAUCAGUGAAAACGAGAAAAAUGGGUUCAUCAAUCUCGUCUCUCGCUAUUUGAGUGGAGACGCGCAGCAGAUCGAGUGGAGUAAGAUCCAGACGCCGACUGAUGAGGUUGUUGUGCCUUAUGAUUCCCUAGCGCCAUAUCCGGAAGAUCUUGGGACAAUCAAGAAGCUUCUUGACAAGCUGGUUGUGCUGAAGCUCAAUGGAGGUUUGGGUACGACAAUGGGUUGUACAGGUCCCAAGUCUGUUAUUGAAGUCCGCAGUGGGUUUACAUUUCUUGACCUGAUUGUCAUUCAAAUAGAGUCUCUGAACAAGAAAUAUGGUUGCAACGUCCCGCUUCUUUUAAUGAAUUCGUUCAAUACUCAUGAAGAUACAUUAAAGAUUGUGGAGAAAUAUUCCAACUCAAACAUUGAAAUUCAUACCUUCAACCAGAGCCAAUAUCCCCGUAUAGUUGUUGAAGAUUUCACGCCUUUGCCAUGCAAAGGAAAGGCAGGAAAGGAUGGCUGGUAUCCUCCAGGUCAUGGAGAUGUGUUCCCGUCCUUGAUGAACAGCGGCAAGCUUGAUGCAUUACUUUCUCAGGGUAAGGAGUAUGUUUUCAUUGCAAACUCGGACAAUUUGGGUGCUGUAGUUGACAUACAGAUACUAAACCAUCUAAUCGACCACCAAAAUGAAUACUGCAUGGAGGUGACCCCAAAAACUUUGGCUGAUGUUAAAGGUGGUACACUGAUCUCGUAUGAAGGAAGAGUUCAGCUUCUGGAGAUUGCACAAGUUCCUGAUGCGCAUGUGAACGAAUUCAAAUCAAUUGAAAAAUUCAAGAUUUUCAAUACCAAUAACCUAUGGGUGAACUUGAAGGCCAUUAAGCGGCUUGUUGAAGCUGAUGCACUUAAAAUGGAGAUAAUUCCAAACCCUAAGGAAGUGGAUGGCGUGAAAGUUCUUCAACUGGAAACAGCAGCUGGGGCAGCAAUUCGAUUCUUUGAUAAUGCCAUUGGAAUUAACGUUCCCCGAUCGCGGUUUCUUCCAGUGAAGGCAACAUCAGAUUUGCUGCUAGUGCAGUCUGAUCUUUAUACCUUGGUUGAUGGCUUUGUAAUUCGUAACAAGGCUAGAACAAACCCAGCAAAUCCCACGAUCGAACUAGGGCCUGAAUUUAAAAAGGUGGGCAACUUCCUUAGCCGCUUCAAGUCUAUUCCUAGCAUAGUUGAGCUUGACAGCUUGAAGGUUUCUGGUGAUGUAUGGUUUGGUUCAGGCAUAGUACUCAAGGGCAAUGUGAGCAUCACAGCUAAACCUGGAGUCAAGCUGGAAAUUCCUGACGGGGCUGUGCUUGAGAACAAGGUUAUCAAUGGUCCUGAGGACAUCUGAUGAGUGACUUCUUCCCUUCCUGAAAUUUUGGUUGUCCCGUUUAAUAAGUUAGAGGUCUUUUGUUGCCAGUCACAUGCAGCAACUAGGAUCAGUGCCCGUACUUUAUUUUGAAAAAAAAUAUGUAAUGUGCUACCUUUCAGUCGUUUUUGAUUCUCGUUUUGGUACUCCAAGACGGGCACAGAAUAUUUUCGUGUAAGUGAAACCUGGUGUGUUGUACUAGGAUUGCAACUAUAGUGUGCACGUUUGUUGUUCCAGUGUCCGUGUGAACGAUAAAUAAAAUGACAGGCGAUCUUUUCCCGUUCC